AUGGCUGAGAACGUCGUCUCUUUUCUUUUGCAAAGGCUCGGUGAUUUGCUCACAGAAGAAGUCAACUCCUUGAUCCAGGUCCCCAACCAAGUUAGGCUGUUGCAGCAAGAGCUACAGAUUAUGCGCAGCUUCCUAAGAGAUGCAGAUUCAAGACAAGAAAAAGAAGCAUCUGUACGAGAGUUCGUUGCACAAAUCAGAGAUGCUGCUUAUGACGCGGAAGAUGUCAUCGAUAAAUUUGCUCACAAAAUAGAAUCCGAACGCAACCGUAGGAGGAACAAGAUCUGUAUGUCUUACAGAUUUUUUAAAUACGGCAGAAAAGUAAAAAUGCUGCACAACGUUGGGUCAAAGAUUGAGGAGAUCAAGGGCCGCAUCUCUCAACUGAGGGUGAACCUAGAAACAUAUGGCAUAAGGAGAUUGAAGGAAGAAGAGGGGCCGAGCUAUUCUGACAGGGUUGUGACCAACUUACGCCGCACUCGCUCUUACUCCGUCAACCAUAAUGUUGUUGGUUUGGUGGAAUCUGCCCAGACAUUAGCGACUGAGCUUGUGAAACCAGGAAACUCCGGCAGUCGAGUGGUUUCAAUAUGUGGAAUGGGAGGGUUGGGCAAGACCACUCUGGCUAGGAAGGUUUACCAUCAUGAUGAAGUUAGGGAUCAUUUUUCUCACUUCAUUUGGGUGUGCGUAUCUCAACAAUAUCAAACAAGAGACAUUUGGGAGCAAAUUCUGUUUAAACUUACGUCCCCUGGAGAAAAGGAGAGAGAGAAGAUCGCAAAGAUGAAAGAUGAUGAGGUAGCUAAAGAACUUUUUGUGCUACUUCAAAAGAUGAGAAGCUUGGUGGUUCUUGAUGAUAUAUGGGAUGCGAAUGCGUGGUCAUUGCUAAGUGCAGGGUUUCCAACUCAAGAGGACACAGAAACCAAAGUGCUACUUACAUCGCGCAACAAAGGCGUAGCAUAUCGAGCAGAUCCGAGAGGUUUCCUCUAUGAACCAUCGUGUCUAAAUGAUGAAGAUAGCUGGGAUCUGUUUCAUAAGGUAGCAAUUUUUCAAAGAGUGCAAGCUUAUGGAGAUCACCCACCAGCUACAAGGGCAAAAAAUUCUGAAAAUCCUUUCAUAACAGUGGAACGCAUGGAAAAACUUGGGAAACAAAUGGUAACACAUUGUCGUGGUCUGCCGCUGGCCAUUAUUGUGCUUGGAGGUGUUUUGGCAACAAAACGUUUCAUUGAUGAAUGGGAGACAGUACAUAAAACUAUCAAAUCACACUUGAAAACAAUCAACGGUGACCAAAGAAGUACUGAGUUGGGAGUUACGGAGGCGUUAGCACUAAGUUACGAUGAUUUGCCAUAUCAGUUGAAACCAUGCUUCCUUCAUUUAGGCCAAUUUCCAGAGGAUUUUGUAAUGCCUACACGGAGACUAAUCAAUCUGUGGGUUGCAGAAGCCAUGAUACCAUCUGAAUCAUCAAAUGAAAGAGAGAACGAGGAAACAUUAGAGGAUGUAGCAUAUCGUUACUUGACAACGUUGGCAGAAAGGUAUUUGGUUCAAGUGGAGAAAAGAAGUUCAACCGGAAGGAUUAAAAGUUGCCGCAUGCAUGAUCUUAUACGAGAACUAUGUUUGACAAAGGCUGGGCAGAAUGAUUUCUUCCAAAUCAUAGAACUUCGUGACAGUAACAGGAAAAUGGAGUUGUUCUCUUCGCCAAUGAUUAAUAGACCAAAUUCAAUAGGUAGAAUCCGCAGAAUUUCCAUUUAUUUCAAAAAAUUUAGCGGGUUUAUCUCUUUGGGAAAUGAAGAAUGUCCUCCAGUUAGGUCUGCAUUGGGAUUCAGCAACAACAUACAGAGUGCAAUAGGUCAGGAGCUGAUUGAAUCCAUAGUCAGCAGGUUCAAGUUUCUUAGAGUCCUAGAUCUUGAAGAUAUUCGAGGAUUUGCAAUACCAAAAGGAAUAGGGAAUUUGAUCCAUUUAAGGCUUUUGACUGUAAAUUCUGCUUGGACAGGUGUGCUUUCAUCAUCUAUAGGCAACUGGAGAUUCUUGUUGGCCCUAUACAUAGAUCCAAACAAUUCAGCAGAACUAAUUCCAGAUGUGAUUUGGAAGAUGAAAAGAUUGAGGCAUUUGUAUCUUCCAAUGGAAUAUGGUAAGCGUACCAGGAAGUUACGGUUUGCUAAUCUCAAUGACCUGCAGACCUUAAAAAACUUUCCAGCAGAGAUAGCAGAUGUGAAGGAUCUGACCACACUGCCCAAUCUCAGAAAAUUAGUAAUAUAA